GUAUAAAAACCAUAAAGUGCACAUUAAGCAAUCGAGUGAUUAGUGGAAAGCAUUCCACUUCAUCAAAAUGGAUGCCGAUAUUGCGCUGAAUCAAGCCACAGACAAGCGAAUGGGCACUUCUCUGGAUGACGGUCCACCCGGUGUGGAUGGCAACGAUGCGAGUGAAAAAAACGAGGAGACCGCCGUCGCCGCCGCAGCGUCCUGCAAAAGUAGCAAAACCAAAUCGACAUCACGUCGUCGCUCAACAUCACGACGGCGUUCGAAUUCACCGCCACCAAUACGCCGGCGACGCUCACAUUCGCGCUCACCAACGCCACCGCCGCCUCGAGGACGGGGUCGCUACGAUUCUCCGGAAUAUGGCCGAUAUCCACCACGACGUCGCUUUGAUCGCCGACGUUCACCGGAUCGUGAUCGCGAUCGUCGGCGCUCACCGCCGCGUCGUGGCCGACGCGAUCGCUACGGCAGAUCCAGAUCGCGUUCACGCAGUGGCGGCUCACCGCCCAGGCGUGGUGGCGGCGGACGUGGCGUAAGUCCAUCGUCGUCUCGCUGGUCACCCAAGAAGAAGCCUGCCUCACCGCCCCUGCCAGCACAAUCGACACACGCGGGCCAGCAACAGCUGCCGCAUCCCGGCCAGACCACAGGCUACGGUGUCAUGCCGGCGCCCAUGUACGCCCAAGGACCGUAUGGUGCACCCGAUGUCUAUGGUCAUCAGUACAGCAUGGCGCCGCCAAAUUCAUUCCCACCCCAGGGACCCCCACCCGGCUAUGGCAUGCAGGUGCCACAAGCAACGCAGGCGGCCGCCUUCAAUACGGGCUACGGCGCAUGGGGCGUAAAUGAAUAUGGACAACAAGUGUGGCUGCCACAGCCGAUGGCCAGUGUGCCGCCGCCAGUAGUAGCAGAUUCACUGGUAACCCAGCAGCAGCAGCAACAGCAGGCAGUGGGACAACAGCAGCAGCAGCAACAUCUGUCGCCGGCUAUCAUUGAGGAUCAGGGAGCUGCGGCGCUUGAGAGCGCAGGUUUGCCGCCACAGGACGCCGUCGCCCAGGAGGCAGAGAAUCAGAAGGAUGAGCUCAAAAAGCAACGCACCAACUAUGUGAAAAAGGUGUCGCUUCUCAAGAGGGAAAUGAAAGUGCUUAAGGAGCAACGUAACGAUUUGACUGCGGGUGAUGCACCACCAUCGCCGACCACAAAGAAUUUCAUCGAGGAAAACGAUCGUCUGCAGGUGCAAAUCAAAAAGAAAGUGGAUACCAUUGAGAACGUUAUAGAUAUGUUGAACGGGAUCAUUGGCGACGAGGAUGCCGACGAGGAGCUUGACCUAACGCCAAAGGACCCGGAGCCAACUGUCAACAAAACAGUUCAACCAACUGUUGCUUCUGCUGCGGCUGCUACGUCGACGUCGACAACAAGCGAUAGCUCAGAAAGCUCCGGUUCUAGCUCGUCCUCGAGCAGUUCAUCGGAGUCAUCAACGGAUGAUGAGGGCGAUGAGGAGAAUGGCACGGGUGAUGGUAGUCCCACGAAUCGUCUCAAGAAUCGGGCCAUGAAAACAAUGAAAGCCAAACAGCGACAGACUGCAACAGCUGCUCCAACGAAACCAUCUGUGCCCCCAGCUCAAAACUACAAUUAUGUGUUCUUCGAUCCCGAGCAGCAUUGGUGCGAGAGCUGUAGCGUCUUUCCAAAGACGGCACGUGACUAUCUCAAGCAUUUACAUGGUGAGGAACACAUGAACCGGGAGACAAUGGAGACACCCUGGCAUGUGGGCAUCGAUCAUGAUCCCUUCCCCACGCACGACAAGGCGCCCGUUAAGCGUGUCCCAGUUCGUGGACUACAAUUCCUGGUGCCCGCCAGUGCUUGGUACUGCAAAUUGUGCAGCGUUUGGAUUGGGGAUCUUCACUGUGCCUCAGCGCAUCUGAAAUCCCGAUUGCAUGCCAACAGAUAUGAUUCGUUUCUGAAGAAGCAGCCCAACUACGACAGCGAGUGGCUGAGCAAAAGGGAACGGGCACAGCAGGAGCAAAAGGAGUGCGAGGAGGCCAAGCUCAAGAAGGCCAAGAAGGAUGACGACAAGACCUCAAAGAAGCGCAAGAAGAAGAGCGAGAAGAAGAAAAAGAAGCGCAGCAAGCAUAGCAAGAAAAAUAAACGUGAUUCGAACGCUGCUCAUAGUACAUCCUCAUCGACGGACAGCUCGUCGUCGGACGAGGUGGCGGAUGAGGUGCAGCAGCAACCAAAAAAGGCGCAUGUCUCCACAACGGAUGUCGCAGCCCCAAUUGCGCCAAUCAAUGCCGCCUCGAUACGCGUCACAAUGCGUAAACAGGAUACGCAAGUUGCGCCACCGCCGCCGCCGUUCAUUAAGGAUGCACUCGGCACGGUUGAGCGCGGCAAAUGGACGCCGGCGGCGGGCAGCGAUGUCAAAGAGAAGGAGGAUCAAAAGAAACGCGACGAUGUCAUGAUGCAGCAGUGGAACACAGUGCAACCAGUGAUAAGCGACAGCGAGAAGAAGUUGCUCGAGCAGCUCAAAGGCAAGCUGAAGGGUAAAUCGUCGCGAUCAACGGAUGAUGGUAAGAAUUCAACGGCAACCGCUGCUGAUGAUAAGUCACGACGUCCCACUUCCAAGCGACGCAGUCCCUCGCCACGGGAUCGCGAUCGUGAUCGGGAUCGUGAUCGUCGUGACAGAGAUCGUGAUCGCGAUCGUGGCCGUGAUCGAGAACGGGAACGGGACCGGGAUCGUGAUCGGCGUCGUUCACGCACUCGCUCAAGGAGUCGCGCCCGCAGACGCAACUCACGCUCACCAAUGCGCGCCGGUCGACGCAGUCGCUCCAGGGAUGCCCGCUGGCGUCGCAGCCAUUCGGAGGAGCGUGUUGAACGGCCGGUGAUCAAGCAUUCCGAGUUUCGCCCACGGGCACUGCCCGAACGCAAGCCGUCGGAUGCCAAGCGGGACAAAAAGGAGACGGCCGCCCAGCUGAAGUCGUCCUCGAAGAGCAGCUCGAGCACCGCUACCGCGGCGGCCAAUGCAGGCAAAAAGUUGCCCUUCAUUGGCAAGAUGCCUGUACUUAAAAAGCAGCCGCCUACGGCGCCGGCUCCUGCCUUAAAUAGUGAUGCCGGCGUAUAUACAAAUGGCGGCACCAUGGAUGGUAUAUCGGUGGGUCCACCACCGCCGCCGCCAUCCAUGGGCAUGGCGUCGUCUGCUGCAGUGCGUCAGACGGCGCCGACAGCGGCCCAAAUCCAAAUGGCCAUGAUGGAGGAUGCCUUUGGGAAUGCGCCACCUUUUCAUCCCGACGCCGGCAUGAUGAUGGACUAUGAUGAGCUAAUGCCCGAUCCCGUGCAGUUUGCCAAUUUAAUGACCCAUUGUCCGCCCCCACCGCCACCCGGCGAGAGUACAAAUGCCGAUGGCAGCGAGUCCCACAACAAUACCGAUCAGUUGGAUGGCGAGGAUAAUGGUGAAGACGAUGUGCUGCCUCCAGGCAUUGAUGAGGCCGAUUCGGAUCUGGUGCCGCAGGCAUUGGUUGCUGCGACCCCAACACGUGAUGGUGAACUGCCCCAGGAUCUGGCUGAUGCGCUCAAUAUCAUAUUCCCAGCGAAUCGACAAGGCGACGAGGCAUCCAAUGAUGAUGAUGCUGCCAAUCAAGUGGCGAACGUACCGCAAACAAUAACCACAAUUGUGGAAGAUGGGCCGGUGCUGGACGAGCACAAUCUACAGGAUCUGGCCAAUCAGGGCAUACAUUUGGUUUCAAUCGAGGAGACCAGUUCCAGUUCAAUGGCUGCCAAUGAAGAGGCAACCAAAUCUCUCGAUUCCCCCAUGCAAAUCAGUGCAGAUGAGGCAUCCCAAGGUGCUGCCGCCUAUCCGCCAAUGGCAAACGGCAAUGGCAAUGACAAUGGCAAAACCGAAACCGAAAACGCUUUUAGCCCCAAGCAGAUGACGGCUCAAGACAUACCCAUGCCCUUUUCGCCAGUCGCAGCAGUCGCUUCCAUUGAGGAUAUCAAAUCAAAUCAAAAAACCGAUGAGCUCCUCAAUGUGGCUGAUAUACCGCAACCGCCACUUUCGCCCACGAAUAGUGAGAGGAUGCGACGACAGGCGGAGCUCGAUGAGUUGGGCAUCGAUAGCAGCGACAUGGCGGCACAAUAUGCGUUAUAAGAUUUGAUUUAACUUGGCUACAGACUACAGACAGGGGGGCGUCCACUAGCUGGCGCAAUCGGAGUCAAUUACAUGAAGCGCGAGCUGGCAGCAAUGACGGCAUCCAAAUUGAAUUCAUUUUAUUAGUUUUACUUUUAUUCCUAUGUAUGAUUGUGUGUAUAUGUGACGAGAAUGUUAUCAAUAAAUGCCACAUAUAUAUGUAUGUAAUAUAUGUAUGAUUAAAUCAGAA